AUUUGAUUGAUCACAUGCUUCGCGCCGUGGUGUUGAGACACAUCAAGCGGCGCCAAGUUGUCACCGCUGGUCUUCGGGGGUUCGCCGCUGGCUCUUCAAAGACACCCUACGCAUGCAGCGAAUGCGGCCACCGGCAUUCCAAGUGGCAAGGGCAGUGCGACAACUGCCACGGAUGGAAUCUCCUGCAAGAAGUGUCGGCUCGACGGGGCAAAGCUGCCGCGCGAGAUUGGAUCCAGCAGUCCAAGCCGGUACGCCUGCACGAUGUGACUUUGAGUCAGAACGUGCAUCGCAUCAGGCUGGCGGACGCGGAGAUCAAUUGGGUGCUUGGUGGAGGCAUCGUGCCGGGAUCGCUCACACUGAUCGCAGGACCGCCCGGCGUCGGUAAAAGCACCCUAUCGUUGCAAAUUGCGCACAUGAUGGCACAGGCAAGCCCGAAUGGGUCGGUGCUGUACGUGUCAGGGGAAGAAAGCGUCGGCCAAGUGAAGAUGCGCUCCGACCGCCUCGGCAUCAAACACCCGACCUGUCCCAACUUGUACUUGGCCAGUGAGACCAACAUUGAAAGCAUCAUUGCCAUGAUUCAGCACUGGGACGCGGACGCUCCAUGCGCUGGCGUCAUGAUCGAUUCCAUCCAAACCAUGUACUCGUCCGACAUCAACUCCACCGCCGGCAACGUCACGCAAGUGAAAGAAUGCACGUUGCAAUUGCUACGAGUGUGCAAGGACGCCAACAUCCCCAUGCUUCUCAUCGGGCACAUCACCAAGAGCGGCGACAUCGCGGGACCCAAAGUUCUCGAGCAUAUUGUGGACACUGUGAUCCAACUAGAUGGAGACGCGCACAGUCCGAAUCGAUUCCUUCGAUGCACCAAGAAUCGAUUUGGAACUACGAGCGAAGUGGGCGUGCUGUCCAUGACGGAUGCGGGGCUCGUGCCGCUCCAGAACCCACUGCAGGCGUUCCUCAGUCCUAGCACGGGGCCUGUCGAAGGCGUAGCUGUGACGAUCGCUGUGGAAGGCACCCGACCGAUUCCCGUCGAGAUUCAAACGCUGUCGAGCCCCUCGUUUGAAGAACAUCGCACCAGCUGCAAGUGCCACGGUGUAUCGUACGACAAGCUCCAGCUGAUCUUUGCCGUCUUGGAAAGCCGCGCGGGUGUGUCCUUUCGGUCCAAGAGCUCGUUUGUCAACAUUGCCCAGGGCUACUUUCUCGACGAACCAUGUGCCGAUCUGGCGCUGGCGGUGGCACUGGCCAGCUCGGCCACCAAGCGCCCUGUACUUCCGAACGCAGUCUUCUUCGGGGAGGUAGCCCUCUCCGGCAUGCUUCGACCCGCGGUCAUGCUGGAAGCCCGCCUCGCCGCGGCGAGUAAGAUCGGAGUCGACACGUGCAUCAUCCCGCGGGUGACGAGCACCGAAGGGAAGAAAGCAGUAGACAAGUACCGCUUGGCCAUGCACAUUCAGCAAGUGGACACGCUCGUCGAUGCGUUGGCGUUAGGGUUAUUGCAACUGCCAUGAUAUAUAUUUCACUGGUGUUGGUCAGCAACUUAUAAUUUAGACUCGCUAUUGUAC